UAUCGUUAUCGGAGAGCGCGUCGCGAAGGUUCCCACAAUUUGUAUUUGUUUUUUCUCCUCUGACUGAACAACGAAAACUUUACAAAAUGUCCGGGUUGGAGUCGUAUAUUAACCACACAGUGUCCAUCAUCACUGCGGACGGACGGAACUUCAUCGGCACACUCAAGGGAUUCGACCAGACCAUCAACAUUAUCAUCGACGAGUGCCAUGAGCGCGUCUUCUCCACGACUUCUGGAAUCGAGCAGAUUGUCCUGGGACUUCACAUCAUUCGCGGGGACAACAUCGCCGUCAUUGGACUGAUAGACGACACCAUCGAUUCCCGCCUGGAUCUUGCGAACAUUCGGGGAGAACCUCUAGGGCCAGUGGUGCACUAGGAUAGCAAAUAAAACCAGUGAUUUUCAAAAUUAAACGUGUUUAUUAUGUAUAUUAA